ACCGCGGCGGAAGUUUUCGGUGGAUUUGUGCCUUUGCUGUUGGUGCUUUCGAAGCGUGAGAAAAAGACAUUGGCGAACUCGCCCUGAAAUACCACAAAACCUCAACUCCAGUCAGCAGGGAAACGGUUCAAAACACAGAAAAGGUUUGUUCUGAACACUGACUGGACACACACACAUACAUACACACAAGAACACAUAUAUAUACACGUAGAGACACACACCCACUCAAACACACUGUGGUGAUGUCUGAGGCGGACGGGUGUGUGUCGGUGUGGGAGUGGCUGUGUGUGCUGCAUCUGGACCAGUAUUUCCCAGUGUUCCAGGAUGCGGGGUUUGGAACGCUGUUGGAAUGCCAAGGGCUGACCCAGGAUCAGCUGGAGAUGAUUGGAAUCACAUUGCCUGGACACCGCAAACGCAUCCUAGCCAGCCUGCAAAAAACACUCCACACAAACACUCACACACACCCAGAGAGUGAGCCUGACGCUCUACACACACACCUGGCUGCAGAAGGAGACCGGAGAGAGGAAGAGAGAGCAGUGUUCACAGACAGACCCAGCCCUGUGGGGAGUGAGAGACCAGUCACUGCACAGAGACCAGUGUCCAGAGGAGAGAGACCAGUCCCUGCACAGAGACCAGUGUCCAGAGGAGAGAGACCAGUCCCUGCACAGAGACCAGUCCCUAAGGAGAGAUCAGUGUCCAGGGAAGGAGAGAGGGAUGGAGAGAGACCAGUCCCUGCACAGAGACCAGUCCCUAAGGAGAGAACUAAGUACCGCUCUGUCCCUGUGGAGACAUUGGACUGUGUCCAGACUUACCCUCGUCCCAACACUAGCCCCUGCCCUACCACCCCCCAUUCUAGUGCCCAGGACCCCCUUUACCCCCAUCCCACCUCGCAGCACUCCAAACUGCCCCCACUACGCUUCAUCCCCACCUCCCCUAAAAACUCCCACACGGCACCCAAACCCAGAUCUGAACAUAACAACUUAAACACCCCAAUCACUGUACCUCCUCCUAGCCUUACCACCAAUCCCCUCACCUUACCCUCCCCCAGGCCCUGUCCUGCACCUCUGGCUAUCUACCCACCAGCCAGACACUCCCAGCAGGUGAGGGAGGGAGGAAGAAAGCCCUCCCCUGGUUCCCCCUCAUCCUCAUCCUCCUCCUCAUUUGAACGAUAUGACCAGUCAUCAUCUGAUCAAGGCGUGCCUCCCCUCCCCCCUAAAGUCUAUGUGGUGGGGGCGGGCCCUAAAGAGCCUCAUAGUCCUGCUCCAAUCCCACAUCGACCUCCUGUCUUGCCCUCCAGAACCACACCCACACAGAGUGAUGCUCCCGUCGAUGAGCCGCACACGGACCGAACUCCACCACCCCCGCCUCGGACCAAGGUACCCAAUACACCAGUCGACACGCAGCCUGCUCUGCCCAUGAGAAGGAUCCCCCAGCCACGGCCUGAAAUCAGGUCAGGUGACAGUUCAGAUAACUAUGAAGAUCCAGACCAAGUCUUCCCCAAGCCCCAGGCUGUGAACCUGGCAGAAGAUCCAGACCAAAUCUACUCCAAGCUCCAGUCUGUAAACAUGGCAGACAGAGAUGUGUUCCUGCCUGUGCCGGGGUGGGGGAAGGGACGGUACAACUCUCUCUGCAGCGACGAUGAACUAUUGGAUGAUGACAAUGAGCCAAUCAGCAGCCAUCGGAGCUCAUGGCAGGACUAUGGUCUGAGUACGCUCCAGGGUAGUGUCUACCUGCCGGUCAGAGGCAGGGUCCUUGCCCCGCCCCCUAGAGAUGGCCCCUCCCCUGAACCCUGCCCUGUUCUAAAGAUUGGCUGGCUGGAUAAGAACCCAACGCAGGGGUCUCUGUACUACCAGAGGAGAUGGGUGAAGCUGGAUGUUGACUACCUGAGAUACUUUGACAACGACAAGGAGGUAUACUCUAAGAGGAUCAUACCAACGGCUGCCAUUAUGGGGGUGACCAACGUGGGGGAGCAGAAGUUUGAGGUGGUCACAGCCAACCGAACCUUUCUCUUCAAAGCCGAGAGCGACUCUGAGAGGAAUGAGUGGGUGGCAGUGCUGCAGAACUUCACUAGGGGGCACCAGGCAGGCAGCAGGGAGAUGACCUCAUUGGUCCCGCCCUCCUUUCUGACCCCUGGUUCACCCCUGACCCCUGAACAGCAGGGCUACCUGGAGCUGAGGGGCCUGCGCUCCAAACUCUACACUGUCGUCUCCGGAGACAAGGUCUUCCUCUACAAGAACAUGGAGGACUACCGCCUUGGCAUCGGUAUAACGUCUAUCGACAUGAAUGUAGGAAACGUGAAAGUCACUGACCGCCGCAGUUUUGAUUUGACCACACCCUACCGCAUCUUCAGUUUUCUAGCGGAUUCGGAACAACAUAAGGAGCAGUGGGUAGAAGCAAUGCGUGAUGCAAUUGGAGAAGCUCUGUCCAAUAGCGAGGUGGCUAAUCAAAUCUGGGCGGAGCCUAGCAACGGUUGCUGUGCCGACUGUGGUGCCGCCAAACCUGAGUGGGCUGCCAUCAACCUGUGUGUGGUGGUCUGCAAACGCUGUGCAGGAGAGCAUCGGGGUUUGGGCCCCAGCAUCUCUAAGGUGCGCAGUCUGAAGAUGGACAGGAAGGUGUGGACAGAGGAGCUUAUACAGGUGUUCCUGUUGCUAGGAAACGAGCGUCUGAACAGGUUCUGGGCGGCGAACAUCCCUCCCAGCGAGGCGCUGAGUCCGACCAGCUGCAGCGAAGACCGUCGACGAUUCAUCAGCUCCAAAUACAGACAGGGCAAAUACCGCAAAUAUCACCCCCUCUACGGCAACCAGAGAGAGCUCAACAACGCCCUGUGUAUAAACGUGCAGUGUAGUGAUGUGCUGGAAACGUUGUGUCUGGUGUUCUGUGGAGCUGAUGUGAACUGUUCUACUGGCCAGACUGACUGUCCCUCCCCCCUCUCCCUGGCACUCGCACACAACCAGAAACUACAGGCCCAGUUCCUCUCUCACAACCUCAACACAGAGCUGCCUCGUUCGGAGGUGACUGGGGACAUGGAGCCUCAACACUAUUCACCACAGCACCCAGUCACUCACAAUGGCUUCCUUUUUAAGACCGCCUCCAUGGUCCGGCCUAUUACAGAGCGCAAGGCCAGGGAGGAGUUCAGUCGUCGCUGGUGUAUGUUGAAUGAUGGGAACUUUAGUUACUAUGAGAGUGACAAGACCUCCACGCCCAACGGUGCCCUGAAGUCUACAGAGAUAGUCUGUCUGUCUGUCAACACACCAGAGAGACAUGGCUAUGACCAUACGUUUGAGCUGUACUCUGACUCAGAGCGUCUCUAUCUGUUUGGAACUGACGACCAAGACAGCCACAAGGAGUGGGUCAAAUCCAUCACCAAGAUGUUUAUUCCGUCCAAUGCAGAGGCUCUAUUGAGACUGAGCUUUGAGCGGAUUGGCCGGCUGAAGUACAAGGACGGGUUGAACCUACAGAGCCCUCGGGUUGGCUGGUUUGCGCUGGUUGGCUCCUCCCUCCAUGCCUACCUGGAGGACAGUGAGGAAGAGGAGGAGAUACACCUACGCAAACUGCAGGAGCUCUCGAUCCAGCAGGAGAAUGAGGUGCUGGUUCUGGUGGAGAGAGGCAGGACACUGUACAUCGAGGGGGAGAGGAAGCUUGACUUCCAGGGUUGGUGUGUGGGCAUCCAGAAAGCAGCAGGCAGUGCAGGAGACUCUCUUAGUCAGCAGCAACUAACUGAGGCCGACAUCCCUGUUAUAGUGGACCGCUGCAUUGACUAUAUCACACAGUGCGGUCUGACGUCUGAGGGUAUCUACCGUAAGAGCGGUGUGAACAGUCGCGUGGCGGCGCUGUGCGAGGCGUUUCGGCGUGAUGCCCGUAAUGUGCGUCUGAAGGAGGAGGAGCACCAGGUGGACGACGUGUCUAACACACUGAAACGCUUCUUCAGAGAGUCUGGAGAGGGCCUGUUCACCAAACAGGCUGCUAGCGCAUGGCUCAGCACACCUGUGAUCCCAGAGGAGAGCAAGAAGAUCUCUCAGUACCAGCUGCUGCUGAGCCGCCUGCCCAGAGUCAACAAGGCCACGCUACGAGCCCUGGUCAACCACCUCUACUGUGUGCAGCGGUUUGCAGAGCUGAACCAGAUGAAUCUCCAUAACCUGGCUAUAGUAUUUGGCCCAACACUGUUCCAGACCGACGGGAAGGACUUCACAGCUGGCCGCGUCGUAGAGGAACUCAUAGAGCACUACACUGACGUCUUUGAGGUGGAUGAGCAGCAGCUGAAAAGGCAGCUGGAUGAGAUCACGGUCAUCAUUAAAGUUAGAGAGAAGUUGAACCUCAACUCCAGUGUUCCUGCGUCGGGGUCAGCAGGUGACUUCAUCUGUACAGUGUACCUGGAGGAGAAGAAGGAGACGGCAGAGCAGCAUGUCAAGAUCCCUGGUUCUAUGACGGCCGCAGAGCUGACCUGUGAGAUUCUGGACCGGCGGAAGAUCCAGGUCAGAGAAAAAGACUACUGGAGCUGCUGGGAGGUCAGCCAGAAGGAGGAGACCGAGCGUCCGUUGCAUCAUCUGGAGCGUGUGUUACCCAUCCUACACUCUCUGGGUACCGACUCCCACCUGCUGGUCAAAAAGAACCUGGCCAUGGAGGCCAUACUGGUCUACUUGGCCAGUAAAGUGGAUGUGUCCAAGCACGGGAUGGUGAAGUUCCGGGAAGAGAGGAGCAUUCUGGGAUUGGGACUGAACACCGGCAGCUUCCACGACCGCUACUUCAUCCUAAACACUGUCUCCCUCAGGAUGUACAAGGAAGUGCGGAGUAAUCGUUCAGAGAGGGAAUGGCAGGUGAAGAAUCUGAGGGUCUAUCUAGGCAUCAAGAAGAAACUACGACCACCCACCUGUUGGGGUCUGACCGUGAUCUAUAAAAGUGAAAAACAGGAGAAGCCAGAGAAGCAGCAAUGGUAUCUGUGUUGUGACACUCAGACAGAGAUGAGGGAGUGGUUCUCCACCUUCCUCACUGUCCAGUAUGAUGGUAACGUGUGGCCAGUGGAUGCAGUACAAACACGUGUGACCCGUGCGUUGCCGGUGGAUACGCGUCAUGGUAACGUGGCAUUGAUUCCGUUGCGUGGCAGCGAGAAUGAGAUGCGGAACAGCGUUGCAGCUUUCACCGCCGACCCGCUUGGCCUCUUUAGAGAUGUCUGAUAAUGGGGCCAGACAAGGGGAGAGACCACCAGCUAUAGAACCCACAAACUCUUCAGAACAUUCCAGUAAUGCCUAUAAACUGGACCUCUAAGCAGGGGAAGCAGGUGUGUCAUGAGGAUUGAGAGAGACUGCUACCACAGUGCCUUUUACAACUGCAGUGCACCCUGGGAUACAUGGAGGGCCUGGAAGACGUUCCUGGUAUAGACUGAGGGAGGGACAGACCUAGAACACAGACGGUUACCGGAGCAGCCUGACAGUACAGACUGUGUCUCUCUGAGAGGCCUGGAGAACCUGUGACAGGUGGGAGAUAAUGGAAUGAUCUUCACUGGCAAUCCAGCCUUCUGGUCCCCAUAUGUCCCAUAAUAACUCUAUCCCUUCCUCUAACCAUGUCGAUCUCCCUGUUUUUAACUUUCCCCCACAUCCACACCUCUCUGAGACUCCCCCAUCUAUAAAGUGUUCACCCCACUCCCCAGUGUUCUCCUUCCCUGUUUUCUAGACUUGUGUAAUUAUUUAUUUCUCCAGCAGAGGGAGCAGCAUAUGAAAGUAAGGGGGACAACCAUGACCAUUAUUCAACAUUAAGUUGGUUCCACUAGUCAAGAGGGAGCCAUAGAGACGUGUCCAAGUUGAUUUAUGUAGUGACGUCAUUACUCCCAACUCUAGGCCAAACCUGUAUAUAUACACACACACACACACACACACACACACACACACACACACACACACACACACACACACACACACACACACACACACACACACACACACAGGCCCUCAUAACUGUUUUUGGGGCAAGGAAAGAAGUGCUCACUCUGUUUACCAUUUGUCUAAGACUGUGGUGUCCUUCCUGUCUGCUACUCUGUACACUUUAAUAAAUGUUUCAGUCAGAACUACAUUCCUAGUUCAGUGAUGAAAUGUGGAGGAGUCCGUAAGGAGAGCAUUAAUUAACACCUGACCGUGUGGUUAACCAGCCUGAUCUCCUGAGCUCACAUUCUGUUUCAAUUCAGUAAAAACUAAAUGUGAGCACAGUGAUGAGUCUGGUUUCACAAGGCUAGUGUGACUGUCUGGUCAGAAAAAAACUUUUCUGGGGACGCAACAACACGCACAAGUGGUGUAUUCUCAUUAAUGUGAACCUAACACUCUCAAUCAUCAUAUUAACUGUAACAUGACAGCUUUAACCUGCCUCUGUCUUAUAACUGUAUCUAAGUGAAAGUAACUUUUGUAAAUUCUGCAGUUCUUCAGAUGGUAACUGUAGGUAUGAAUUUCAAUAAAUAAAGUCAAUGUUAUUUGGA